AGGCCGUCUGGGCUGCAGGGCUCCCAGCCUCUGGCAACGCAGGGGAAGGAUCCAGCCAGGUCAUAGAGCAGCCCAGGGGCCUCACCAGGGCAAAUCACAGCACCAGCCAACAGCCCUGACCGGCUUCCGCAGCACCUGGCUACAGGGCCAUCAGAACAACGGAUGGGGAACUGGGUCUUCAGCCAACCAGCGCUGACCUCAGCGCUCCCUAGCUCCCUUUAACAGGAACCCAUGUGAUUUUCUGGAAAGCCCCGUUCCAGGGGGAGUCCAUCCUCCCCAGCACGGGGAAUCUGGAGCUGCACCUCCCGGCUAAGGAGCAGCACAGCGCUGAACACGAGGGGGCCAGAGAAACUCUUUUGCAGGGAGCAGCUCAGUGAGGUUGGCACCAGGGCAGCAGCUGCAUCCAGAGACACAGCGGCAGGUGAGGAACAAACUGUGGGGAACGUCUGUGGCUCGACCUCCUCCCCUCGGAGUCUCUGGCGAGAGAGCUGGUGGGGCCAUGCCCAAGCCCGUCUGUCUAGGGAGCAAAGAAAUGGGCAACAAGCGGAAGAAACUUUGCAUCUGCCUGGUAGGUGCCUCCGUCCUCAUAUUAGCUGCCAUAUUAAUCGCUCUCACCUGCUGUGCGGUCGAGUGCCAGGGGCAGCUGAAGACCUCAGAUCUGGAUGAGAAACUCGCCCACCUGGAGGAGGAGAAGGGGGCCCUGGAACAGCAGCGGGACGGGGCGAGGGCAGAGGUCACGGCGCUGCGGUUGGAGCUGGCUGGCACCAAUCAGACCCUCUGGGAGACGCGCGGGCGCUGGGAUUCCUGCCGGAGCCUGACGCAUAACCUGCAGAACAACAUCACUGCCCUGAGCGACAAACUCACACAGCUGGAAGCCAGAGACUCUGAGCGGGAGGCCAAGGAACAAGGGUUACAAGAUGAAAAUGGCAGGCUCAGAGAGCAGCUCUCCAGCCAGUCCCAGAAGCUGCAGGAUUCCCAGCGUCAGCUGCAGGAUUCCCAGCGUCAGCUGCAGGAUUCCCAGCAAGAAUUCCAGCAGCAAAGAGAUCAGCUCAAAGCUAACAUCCAUUGGCUGAACUUGGAGCUCCAAAGCCAGAGGAAUCAGCGCUCCAGCAUGGACAGCCUCAGGGGUCACAGUGUGUCUCUCUGCCUGGCUCUGCCCCUCCUUGGGACCCUUCUCCUUUAAGAGGAGCAGCUUUGUACAGGUAUCGAGGAGCCUGGCUUGUCCAGAGACCCCUCCUGCUGUCUGACCCCCAGGCUCUUGGGCAGAGGGGUCUCGUCCUGUCACCUCAGCCACCCCUCUCUGUGCCUGCUCAUCUCUGACCACUCCACAUGAUCUCCCCAAAGCAGGCGAGAGAGCUGUCUCCUGUGCAGGUCCUGCUGCCUCGCCUGGCUUCGCUGAACCGUCCAUCUCAUUCCAAGUCUCCUCCCAGCGCAUAGCAGCACUGCCAGGUCCCAGCUGAAGUCAGGGCCCACCUGUGCCAGGCCAGAGACACAGCUCGCAGAACAAACAGCAGCACAGGAGAAAAAGAAAGAUCAUCAUCUCCUUUGUAUAGAUGGGAAACUGAAGCACAAGGCGAUUAGUGAGUCGCCUCAAGAGCACAUGGGAGAGUCAAGACUUGAACUCAGCUCUCCUGAGCACCAGCAUGUAACCCUAAGGCCACACUUCCUCUCCAGUCCUCCCUCGCCUACAUCUCCUUUCUCUCUCCCUCUGCUGUUCUUUAGCUCAGUGCAUUGGGUCAGGGGAUGGGGACACAGGACUGUCUCUCUCUCUCUCCGUUUAUUUCCAUCAUCCGUCCCCAAUGCCCUUUCGAUCCCUCGGGAUUUGUGUUUCAGGGCUGACCAGGAGAAUCCCCACGGGAACACGGUGCACAGCGCAGCUCGCUCCCCUCCAAUUCACCCUCAGGUCUGAGCCACUAGCUUGCUACAACCUCGGCCCUUCCCCGGGUCGUGCAGGGAGACGGGUUCCUGCGCAGCCCAGCCCUGGCGGACGGAUCUCGUUGGCUCCUGCCCAGCACCGGAGGACGAUGGGAAAACAGUGAAGAAGAUCCAGCCGGUGAAGGGCGCAGGGAGGAUGGAGCCGCUUCACCCAGAGCCAGAGCCCCUGGGGUUUCUUGGACUCAGAUUAUCCCAGACAACAAUGGCCCUGAGCGGAGUCAAGCCCCAGCUCGGGUAUUUGCUGCUUCCUUAGGGUUUCUGUUUUUCUAAUGCAAUUUUGCCAACCCCAAAGGUUUGUGGUGUCAUUUAAUCUCCCACGCCCUGCCCGAUCAGAGACCCAGGGCUCAGAGUGAGCAGCCCCGGAGCCGUGUUCGUGGCCCUCCCACGCCUGACCUGCCUUCAGAGAGCAGGGAAGGGGCAGCUCGCAACUCUGCUGCUAGUUUGGAGCACGGGGCAAACCCCUCUCCCUGCUCCUGGGCUGGGGUGACGGGCUCUGCACAGGGCACUUAGGGGAAAGCCCUGUAGGCCCAGGCCUAGGGCCCUGCCCCAGGAGCCAGGGGAUGGCAUCAGACCUGGGGCUUUCAUAUAUAUGUCAGUUUUUAAUCCUGGAGGAUGCCAAGAACAGCUCACAUGGUGACCCGGGUGUAUGGAUCUUGCUGUGUCACAGCGGAGCUGUCAGUCCCGAGGUAUACAGGGUUGCUCUGUUUAGCAUUAUUUUGAGUUGUUCCUGGGAGGAUCCGCAGCUGUUUCUUAUCUGUCUCUCUGGCUCAGCUCCUUAUCUCCUCCUUGGGACUUAGGGGCGAUUGAUAAUAAAGUUGGUGCCUCUUGACUCCUCCACU